AUAAAAGGAUAGAGAAUGGGGACUCCGCACUGCACAUACAUUACAACACUAAAGUUGAAGAGGGAAGAAAGCCAAGAGAAGAAGAACAAAAUGGAUAGUGGCGGUUCAUCCGGUGGAAACAAUCAAGGCAAGAAAAAGAGCAAGAAACGUGUGCUGACCGCUGAAGAGCUGGAAAACCGGCGGCUUGAGAACGUGCAACCUACCUCUUGGGACGAUGAGUGGAUUGUAACACUGAACAUCACAGAUAACGUGGUGGAGGAUGAAGACACUAGUAGCAUGGUGAGCACUUUCUCGACAGACAGCCCCUUCUCGAUAGACCCCGAGGAGGAGACUGACGAGGAGGCUGACAAUGAAGAGGAGGAGGAGGAGGAGGAUGAAGAGGAGGCUGACAAUGAGGAUGAGGAGGAGGAGGAUGAAGAGGAGGCUGACAAUGAGGAUGAGGAGCAGGAGGAGGAGGCUGACGGAAACGGUGACGGUGACAAGAAAAAGGAGGAUCAGACUGACGACGAUGAUGGCGAUCAGACUGACGAUGGCAUUGGCGAGGACCUCAGCUAACUCCAAGUUGUGCUUAAGACAUGGUAGAUGAUUUGCUGGUAAUAAGAAGUCUUAUGCAUCUUCUGGGCAGCUAUAGACUAAGUCUGUUAUGUUUGUACUUGAACCCUGCAUGCACGUACGCAUGCCAAUUUAUGUAUGUCUGUGUACCACUAUGUUUCUGUCUAAAGUAUGCUAGUGAAACAUUGUAAUUUGGGGACAUUUCAUUUGUUGAGUAAUUAUGCACUUCACACA